AGUGGCUCCAUCAUUACUCCUGGCAGCUGCUGACUUCCAGCGACACCACUGCAUUUAUCCACAGACGUUGGACUUCAAAAGUAUGAAAACAUCCCGUUUCAUGCAUUAUUCAGUUGAAACUCAACACACCAUUACAAGAGCCGUGGUUGCACCCAAAAUAGUGUGCUUACUGUCAUUGGGAUGGAGUUUACGUUGGACUGUAUGUUUUCAUGAUUAAAUCCAUCUGCUAUGUUUAGUUGAUAUGGAACAGCCUCCCAGCAAUUCGGAUGGUUUCCAGCCUCAGGAUCUUUCCUCCACAUGCAGCCUACCCAAUAUAUUUGAUCUGUCGAAGAAUGGUGAAGACGCUCUGUUGAAAGCGAAUCCUUUGGAUGCAUUGCAUGUCCUCCAGACACCAGGUUGGUUUGUUAGUCCUGGAACCAGUGAUGGGUUGUUACUUCCAGAGAACGACUCUGAUGCGGUGCCGCUCCCCCCAGACCAGAUCCAACCGGACAACUCAUUUUCCAACACCACUGUCACGCUCUCUUACGUCAGCAGGUCACAGGUUUUCUCCAACCCCAAUGCCCUUUCAGAUCAUUCCCCAAUUUAUGAUGUUCCACCCUUAAGCAAGGCUAUUGUUCUACAUCCUCCUACUUUUGAUGCUACCAAGCUAGCAGCAGACACAGGAGAUGCAGCUCUGUCAUUGGAUAUGGACCAACACUGCCUCCAACAGGUCUCCUUACCUGUAGGACUAACAGCCUGUGACCAAUUCAGGUUCAUGUCCCCAGCUCAGGUUGUUGAAAACGUAGCCGCAUUGUGCUACCUUCAACAGCACCCCGAUUUAAGUGGAUUGCAAGAUGUUGAAAAUAUUGCUUUAGAAACACUCAAAUCUUUGCAACAGACCAACCCCAACGAUUGUAGGUUUCCUAUCAAUGUGGGUGAAUUUCAAAACGGAGCUGCUAAUUGUUUAUGGAACAUUGGACCUUUUGCGGAAGGCUUUACGGAAAGGGACGAUGCAAACGCAGAGGGAUUACACAGAAACGGCAACCCUCAGGUGGCCUUUCUGUUCUCUAGAUCUGAAGAGCCAGUCACGCUUCCGAACGACCAGGGCACUGCAAGUUUUCCGGUAUCAUUAAACCACAACUUAAUUCGACCGUUAGAUCCAGCAUCACAACCCGCCGCCUCAGAGAUAGAUGAUGUUUUCUCUUGGGCACAGGAGUCACGUUCUCCAAGUGGAGAAAAUUCUGUUGGCAGAGAAACGAUUGAUGCCGAGCAAGAACAUUUGAGCAGAGAGGAGUUUAAUCCCGAAACAUCUGACGUGGAGAAGAUGGAUUCACAUCCUAAAUCAGAAUUUAUUACCAGCACUAAUGAGAUACAUUCAGGGAGUACUGACAAAGCAUGCCACAUUGAAACUGUGCAGGUCAAUGGGAUAUCUGAAGGAAAAACAGACACGUUUGAGACGACCGGAGGUUCGCUCACCAAAAAGACGUUGGAAAGAAAAAAGCUGCCCCCGAGAGCUAGGAGAGGGAUGCGAUUAGGAGCCAUUGUUCAAAACAUUCGCCCAACCAGGUACAAAUCAAGUCACGUCACCAACAUACAAAAAGCUCAGGCAAGCAAGAUUUCCCAUCUGGAUGUGUCAUCCAUCAAGAAAAACCAGCACAUUCUGGAAAGAGCUUGCACUGCGGCAGUUGAAUCUAAUGACAAGACCACAGUGCGUUUACAAAAAGAAGAAACUGAUGACAAGACCACAGUGCUUUUACAAAAAGAAGAAACGGAUGUCAUAGUUUCACCCAGAUGUAAAACCACAGUAUCUACCUCUUGUUUCAAAAACAAACAUGUUCCUAAACCUUCAUUGGAUCACAAACCUACAAAGACUUUUUACAAAGACGUACUGUUCGGUUCCAAAAAGAGACUGCAAAAGAACAUUUUCAAAAAGCCCUUAGCGGGUUUGGGGAAUCUUAAAUCAUUACCAACACUCCAAACCUCUCAAAAAAGGAGUCCGAAACCAAUUUGGAGUCCUGCUGCUGGGAACAAACCUCAUGCAUCCAAAAGGAAAAGAAACAAACCAAAGCUUGGCCACACUUUCCCUUUUGCGCCCCAGGAACCAGAAAUUAAACUGAAAUGUUUGAGUUACAAAGGUGAAAGAAAGGACAUGCCGAAUGAGACCUUCGCACCAUACGUGCAUGUGGAGCUCCAAGAUAUCCCAUCUUGUACGGUGGUUAACUAUCCUGAAGAAAGUUUCAGACUCAAGCAUGGAAAGCGUCACAUGACGGAUGGCUCCGUGUCCGGUACGGUUCCUGCAUCUCCUUGUUUGCAGUAUGGACGAGUGUCGAUGGAUGGCACGCAGCGGGGUCCUCUAGUGUGCUGUCUCUGUGGAGGCUCCGCCAAUGCCAUGGAGCUUGGAGACCUGCAUGGGCCGUAUUACCCAGAGGGGUUCAAGGCUGCCUCAAGGACUCUUUCCAGUCCGCAGGAGAAUGAGGAGGAUCACAGUGAUUCCGAUUUGUUUUUUUGUCCUAAAAGAGGGAAAUGGGAUGGAAGCAGUUGGACUAAAUCUUUGAACAAGCUGUCAGAGUCUGCUGAUUUGAUAGCCUGUCAGAGGUGGAGCAGUGACAGCAAGCUUUCUAGAUGUCCAAAUGUUAAGCGACAAGGGGGGGACGCUGGCAUCGAUUGGUACAGCCCGCCCGUGGUUCCUCUGUACGGUAGCGAGUACUGGCUCCAUGAAGACUGUGGCAUAUGGUCAGCAGGUGUCUUUUUGGUUAAAGGAAAGCUGUAUGGACUUGAAAACGCUGUGAAGUUGGCAAAAGUGUCGAUUUGUUCAAUUUGUCAGAAUAAGGGGGCAACAUUGGGCUGUGUUUUCAAAGGCUGCCCCAACAAACAUCACUUCACAUGUGCAAUGCAGUCAGGUUGUGUAUUAAAUGAAGAAAAUUUCUCAAUGAAAUGCAGAAAGCACAAGAAUAAAUUCAUCAAAUGAGAAUGAGGAUGUUAUGCCAGAGUGAUGUUGAUCUCUUCAGCUCCAUUGGCGUCUUCCUGUGAGUAUGCCAGUCUUCACAAGACCUUCAGAAUCUCUCUGUUGACAGAAAAGUCUCUACAGAAUGCCAACACCCAUUUACCUUAAUGGUUUUUCUAUUGCACUGUUCCUCACAUCUGUCGCUGUCACACAAAUGGCACUUUGUAAGUCUCGUACUAUUAAUAUUGUAUUGCGAAAUUGUGAUAUUUGGGGUGAAUUGCACAUUUAGGGCUUAAAGCAAAAGACAAAUCCUCUAAACCUACAGCACAAAGUCAGUGUCCUAGUUGUAUUUGGUAGUUUUUUUUUAUUAUUUUGUUGCAAAUUAUAAUUAUGAGAUCAUAUUGUUCACUGUUAAUUUAUGAAAAGAAUGAACUGGAUUUUAAUAUAUCUUAAGUCCUUGAUGUCAUAAUGGGACACAGCAGAUUGAUUGAAGGAGCUGAAGUGAAGGACAGGAAAUGACAAAUAUGUGUAUGUUUUUCUUCCAAGAAAGUUAUAGAACCCGUGUAUAUUUAGGUACAUUAAAGCACUUUGUAAGGGCACCAGAAGUAUAAAUUUUUCCUUUCCGAAAAUGAGUUUUGACUUUAUAGAAUUCACAUGCCGGUAAAAUUUCUGUUAGACAUCCCUACAGUAUAAACACACCAAGAUUGAAGCCCAAGAUUCAUUUUGUACAAGUGUUAACCUAAAGUAGUUAUGUUCAUUUACAUCAAAUGUAUAAUAAUAAAAAUGUUGCAUCUAGUUGCAUACUAAAUAUUAGUGUUAUAGUUAAACUGAAUUUUGAUUUGGGUUACUAACUUCUUUUAAACCACACAGUGGUGUGGAUUUUGUUGUUGGUUCUAUGCACUUAAUGCAGUUUCUUAAUUCUUAUACAUGUUAUAGGCACACUCGGAUUAGGUACUAAAAGCCAUUUGCAAUAAAUGGGCUUUUUUCUGUACGUUCCCUCUGUAGGCAAGUCGUCAUCAAUUUUAAACAAGGAAGUUUUCAUUUGAUUGAAAAUAUUAACAUUUAGCACUUUUGUAUGAGCAGUAAUAUCCUGCUCAUCCUAUGGUAGUAUAUACUAUAAAGCAAAGAGAGCUGGGUUGUUGAGUUAAGAAAAUCUUUUGAUUUUGAAGCGUCCUUGAACAAAAGCAUAUCAUUCAACAUUUCUGUGUUCAAGAUGUAUUAAUGUGGAUUUUUUUAAAGCAUAAUUCUGUUUUCCAAAGAUUGUCUUUCUGUGUGUUUUGACUUAGCUGCCUUGCAAAUUGAAUUUAAUGACAUUCGAAGAUUCAUUGUGGGAAUGUUGUGAUGCAUCAAACAGUCAUUGGUUGUGUCCACGGCUAUUUAAAUGUCAAUUGUGCUAAAUUUAGGACUGACGUGAAAUCUGUGUCAUUUACGACCUGAUGCACAUUGGCAGCUGAUGAUGUGUGGGGAUGGGCAAAUCACACAAUGUCUGACAUCUCUUGUUUUGUGUAUCUAUGUGUGCCAUACUUAGUUCCCGAUUGUAUCUGUUAAAAUUUUGAGUACAUGUCAAUUCUUUUCUGUGAACGCAUCUUACUAUCAAAACAAAUGUACCAAAAAUAUUUUUUUUGUUUUUCCUUUCAAAUGUUAUGUAAUCUCAGGGCUGAGACGGGUUGUUUUUCCAUUGUUUUUGACAUUCUUACCCCAAAAAUGAUUUAUCCAUAACUGACUUCGCCCAGUUGGUCAGUGUAAUAAAUUGCCUUGUUUUUUUUGCCUAGCAAACUGUUGGUCUCGCACUCAUUGUUUGCUAAUUCAGUGUUGUUCUCUUGCUAAAUGAGGCAUACUGGGGUUAGUUGUCACAAGGCAAUAUGUCAUAAGGGCUUUAUCAAGUAAGGUGGUGAUUCGACUAAUUACACAAAUGUGUUUUCUCAUGCAGUGGUUAUGUUUGCUUUAAAGGAACACUCCACUUUUCUGAAAAUAUGCUCAUUCUCCAACUCCCCCAGAGUUAAUAAGUCGAGUUUUACUGUUUUGGAGUCUAUUCAGAAUCAGCCGAUCUCCGGGUCUGGCGAUAGCACUUUAAGCAUGCUACUGGUCUAAUUGGAUUCAAUUAUCUAUG